UGUCUUCUUGUUGAACCUUGGCGUCUAAGGACCCUAUCACUUCCUUGAUGGAAGGGCUAAACAAGAUUCUGUUAUUGUGAGGUGUCUAAAGGACAAUGCUACACAAUAUCCUAUUCCAUAGCCUCAGAAUUAGAGACCCCUUGAUUUGCAAAGUAACUAGACUUUAUCACAAAAAUCAUCAUUUAUGUGAGGGCUAUAUUAUAUACAUAGUGAAGUUUCUAUAACACAAGAACACAUGGGGAAAGUGCAAGGUUUUAGCCUUCUAUCUUUUGGUGGCUGCUUCGAUAGUUGUCGUGACCACACUCAAGGGUCAGGGUAUGGAACAAGGAUAUGGAACCUGAGUGAUCGACCAGUGGAGCUGCAAAUAAGGGUGGGAUCAAUACUGAAGAAGAUUCACACAUUGAAGCCAGGUUCUUCCAAAAGAAUGAAAUGUAAAAGCAUAUAUAAGGCAUAUAUGCCUGGGACUGGAAGGAGUGGCAGUGUUGGAGGGAGUUUGAAGAGCUUAUUGUAUUACUAUGAUGAAACAUGCCAUCCUUAUAUUUGGAUUCAUGACACAGGAUGUCAUUCCUUAAGGAUGGCUAAGCAGCAGUAUAUUAGUCUCGAGGAUUUGAGGGAUUCUUCUGAGAUCAAAAUCUUCUGGGAUCAUCAGAGAGGUUCUAUAUCAGUUCGUAAGAGAACAAGGCCAGAUUUCUGCUGAAUUUCAAAGCUUAUUUUUUAAGUUUGUUUGUCAUGAGUUAGAAAUACAAGUUCUGUUUCUUGCUUUUUUAUUUCAUUAUGGCUUUCUUCCACCCCCUCUCCCUUCCCAUUUUCAUGUGUUGUGCUAACAUAAGAAUGAAAUUCCUGAUCAUAA